AUGCCGCUCUCACUGGAGACUCUUCCUGGAAAAGAGGUACUUUCAGACACCUUGGUCUCUUCUUCAAUUUGGAAGCUUCUUUGUAUUUUUCUUAUCCUCGUGAACAUCAAAACCUUACCGCUGGUCUGGCAUGUUCGGUUGCUCAAUGCUUUUCGCUUCGUACUUCGAUCCGAGCGAUCUAGGACGGCUAUUAAGCCCGCGCAACUCUUUCAACCUCUCAUCACUGAAUCGCACGGCGCCCUUAUGGAGCUUGACUACAAUAUCCACAAGUCAAACAGCACGUACUUUCAGGAUGUCGAUAUUGCCCGAACCCAUCUCAUUUGUACUUUGUUCUCGGCUGGAAUCGAGCAGGCGAGAAGAAGUAAAGGACAAGGCAUAUUAGGUGGUGGUAACAAAACGUUCGGAGCGGCGCUGGGCGCUGUCUGCUGUUCGUUCAGAAAGGAGAUCAAUCCAUUCGAAAGGUACGAGAUGUGGACACGUGUGCUCUCCUGGGAUCGCAAGUGGAUAUACAUGGUCACCCAUUUCGUGCGCAAAGACGCGAUCAAGCCUAAAUCGUUUUCGAUGUACCCCAGACAGAAGAAUAAGAACGCUGGCACGAGGAAUGUGGACAAGAAAGAGGACGCAAUUAUUGCCUCGGCGCUAAGCAAGAUUGUAUUUAAGAAGGGCCGCCUCACGAUUCCUCCCGAGGUGAUGCUACAAGCCUCGGGCCUGCUGCCACCUCGGCCAGCGGACCUCGCACUUCUACAGACAGAAAUAUAUCCUGUCCCAACCAAGCGAGCUAUGGCUCAACGAGUCUUUGACGUGGGAUUUCGCUUUUUCGAGAAUUUUGAUCUAGUGUGGGAAGCGACGCGGAAUAUGCUUAUGCCGGAGCCAGAAGAAGCUCGGUAUCAGUGGAGAGAUGGAUCGCCAGACGAUAUAGCAACAAAGAAGAAUGACCAAUGGACGUGGGAUAUGGUAGAGCGAGAGAGACAGCGCGGUUUGGAGAUGGCUAGUAAACUUGGUGCACUGGAGGGGUUAGCAGGAGAGUUUACGGCAGAGGCGGAUGCUUUGGGCAAGCACAGCGAUCUCUGGUGGUUCCUGGGACUAACAUAUUAG